CAGGCCUUCUGCCAAGAUGUCCUGCCAGCAGGACCAGCAGCAGUGCCAGCCCCCACCCAAGUGCCCCUCACCCAAGUGUCCCCCAAAGAGCCCAACUCAGUGUCUGCCUCCAGCCUCCUCCUGCUGUGCUCCAAGCCCUGGGGGCUGCGAUGGCCCCAGCUCUGAGGGCAGCUGCUGCCUGAGCCACCACCGGUGCCGCAGGUCCCACCGAUGUCGCAGGUCCCACCGAUGUCGGCGCCAGCGCUACAACUCCUGUGAUAGGGGCAUUGGUCAGCAAGAUGGGGCCUCCAGCUGUGGCUAUGGCUCUGGAGGCUGCUGCUGACCUAAUUCCUGAUGCGGAGACAAGCAACUUUAGAGGAAACAAGCAUCUGAAGGACCAAGGAAAAGCCGCAACUUGGUGGACCCUUUCUCAGACAUCCUAAUUAAUCAUUCAUUCACGGGGAAGGAUUGUGCUUUUCCCAAAAGGCUACGCCCA